AAGAAAAAAUUCAAACUUUGCUCUCAAACCAUGAAAGGCCACGCUCCCAAAGGCACUGUCAAGAAGUUCAGAAUGCCCACUUCCCAGAAUCUAGUCCCAAUUCGCGUCGAUUUCGAAGUCGAAGGCCAGAGGUUCAAAGACACCUUCACUUGGAACCCAUCUGACCAUGAUAGCGAGAUUGUCAAGUUUGCGAAAGCAACAGUUAAAGACUUGAAGCUGUCUUCCAAUUACGAGAAAGCCAUUGUUAAUUCCAUUCAGAGCCAAAUUGAGAUUUUCCGAUCGUUCCAAGGCCAAGAUAUGUACACCGGCGAGAGGAUUGUUCCGAUUAAGCUUGAUCUUCGUGUGAACCAUACUCUCAUCAGGGACCAGUUUUUAUGGGACUUGAACAACUUUGAAAGUGAUCCGGAGGAGUUUGCUAAAACCUUGUGUGCAGAUUUAGGUGUUCAUGACCCUGAAGUUGGUCCUGCAAUUGCUUUUGCUAUUAGAGAACAGCUGUAUGAGAUUGCAGUCCAAAAUGUAGCUUCAGCAAGAGAAAGCAGACUAGCCAAGAAAGGGCGUCGAGGGGGUGAUCAUACUCCACUCAGUAAAGCAAGUAGUACCGGAUUGGACCUGGUCAAGUCAUUUGGUCACAAAUCUACUGUCAUUCGGAAAAGAAAGGAGUGGGAUGUGUAUGAACCCAUUGUUGAUCUUCUAUCUAGUGAGGAAGUUGAUGCUCUCGAAGCAAAAGAAGAAAGGAAUGCUCGGUAAACUGAUAAA